AUGCUGUAUGCCAAUGUGCCCGACGAACUUACCCACAGCGGAGGAUUCGCUAGACCACGGCGGCAUACCCUCCCAGGCGCAAGGUCUACCUUCCUUCAGCCACGUCAAGGCAGCAACAACUUCUUCCGUCUCCUGGCAAGCUCGUCGAGAGGACGAGGAUCGCAAGAGUUGAACGUGGUGCUACUUCGCGCGGCCGCCACAGUCGUAGGCCAUACGUUAGGAUACCUCUAUCGCACAGGUCUCUUGUAUCGAUAUGGCAAGCACGCAGCCAUGGGCUUGGUGGGCGUUCCAGCCCUUCUCUUUGGCGGUGUCCUCCUCGCGUACACCGAGCGCAUGCCCAUCUCGAAUCGAUCGCACUUUGUCUUUCUGUCGCAUGACGACGAACAAGCCUUGGCCUAUGAGGCGGUGGCCAAUAUCUUGGCCGAAGAAGGCAACAUGUGCUUGAAACGUGGCGAUCCAGUCUAA